CUGGACCCAAACACAGUAGACAGACUCCUCUCUCUGUCUGAGGAGAACAGAAAGGUGACAUGUAGGAGAGAGAAGCAGCCAUAUCCUGAUCACCCAGAGAGAUUUGAGGACUAUAGACAGGUGCUGUGUAGAGAGGGUCUGACUGGGCGCUGUUACUGGGAGGUAGAGUGGAGUGGGGGGGCUGUUAUAGGAGUGACAUAUAAAGGAAUCAACGGCAGAGGAUGGGGUAGGGACUGUUGGCUUGGAUACAAUGACAAGUCCUGGAGUCUGUUCUGUUCUGACAACAGUUACAUUGCCUGUCACAAUAAUAAUCCCACUACCAUAGACGUCCCCUCCUCCAGCUCCCACAGAGUAGGAGUGUAUCUGGACUGGCCAGCCGGCACUCUGUCCUUCUAUAGAGCCUCCUCUGACACACUGACCCACCUGAUCACAUUCACCUCCACAUUCACUGAGCCCCUCUAUCCAGGGUUUAGAGUUUGUUCUGACUCCUCAGUGUCCCUAAAAUAAUAACCUGACACACACUGGAUUCUCACACACAUUACACACACAAACACUGGACAAACACACACACACAUAUUCACACUGGACAAACACACACACACACACAUUCACACUGGACAAAC